AUACUACUGAAGGGUAGCCAAUUUUCGUAACCUAAAAAAAUUUUCACCUUUCAGGUCUUACGUCUGGCGAACCAUUUUCUUAACAAGCUUCACUAUCGGAUUGCGUUUUGGAAAUGUUGAAAUAAUUAGCACUUUAAUCGGACUUUUUGGAUCUUUCCUAAUCUUUACCCUAACAUAUACAGUUCUACCAGCGUGUGUGGUAUAUGGCAAUAAAAAGUUCGAAAAGAAAUUAAAUAUACACGAGAAACGAAUCAUGUUAAUUGGCAUCGCGUUCUUACUUGGAAUACUAGGGAGUGUAGUUAAUCAUCACUAUAUUAUCAAAGAGGCAACAGCUCCUUCUUACUUUCUUCCUGGACUUGUUGGCCUAGCCGUACAGGUAAGCAAGGUUUCAUGUCAGUAUGUGGGUAUAAAGUAG